AAACAUCAUCUAAGGACAAGCAAAACCCAUACCCUCCACAUUUUUCUCUUUGCAUUUUACAUAAUUAAAUUAGAUUAAAAUUACCCUAAAAAAUUGGGAAUUUUUUGGGGAAUUGAAAGAACAAAAUAGGGGCAAAUAGAGGAAAGCAUAAACAACCGUCAAUGGAGGUCCUUAAUAUCCAUGUUCAUGGCGUAUUUUGAUUCAAACACAUACGAACUUCGUAUUUGUAAGUCGUAGUAUUGCUUCUUCCAGGGUUAUGCUGUCAAAUUGAGAUUCAGAAGUUGCUGGAUUUGGAUGAUACUUUUGCAUAUACAUUGAGUCUUGUGUUGAAUAAGGGUCAAAUAAUUGUCAAUGGAGUGCAACAAAGAUGAUGCAAUCAAGGCUAGAGAGAUUGCAGAGAGGAAGUUUAUUGCAAAGGACUUAUCAGGAGCCAAGAAAUUUGCUCUCAAAGCCCAGAAUUUGUAUCCUGGACUCGAGGGAAUUUCGCAGAUGUUGGCGACACUUAACGUGUAUGCCUGUGCAGAAAAUCCAGUUUUAGGGGAUGCAGAUUUUUACGGUGUUCUCGGUGUAUCCCAACAAGCAGACGAUGAUACGAUUAGGAGACAGUACAGAAAGCUCGCUCUUAUGCUUCACCCCGACAAAAACAAAUCUAUUGGAGCAGAGGGGGCUUUUAAGCUAAUUUCAGAAUCAUGGACCGUUUUAUCGAACAAGAUUCAGAGAUCUGCAUAUGAUUCGAGAAGAAACUGGGGUUUUUCGCAGAGACCUAAACCUCCUCCUUCGUCACAGGGUUCAUCUGGGUUUUACAACUUUGCCAAAGCUAGUACCAUGUCUAAUCCCGAAGUUAAUAAGAAAACCUCCCAUCAAAACGGCUCUUCAUUUCCCGGUUCAUCAUCUAAGGAGGCAAAUCAGAAUACUUUCUGGACUGUCUGCCAUAGAUGUAAGAUGCAGUAUGAGUACCUUAGAAGUUAUCUUAAUCAUAAUUUGGUCUGUCCCAAUUGUCGAAAGCCAUUUUUCGCCAUAGAGAUACCCCCACCUGAUUCAGAUGGUCCCGGAUCGUCAAAACCACAGGAUGGUUUCAAACAUUGGCGAAACCCUCAACAGGAAGGUAAAAACACGAGCAGUCAUAAUAAUGCUGGUUAUAAUAACACAGACAAUUUUCAGUGGGCACCGUUUUCAGGAGCGGCUGGUGUUUCAUCUGUUUCUCAAGCUGCAAAUGUGGUUCAACAGACGUAUGAGAAGGUUAAAAGAGUGCGCGAGGAAGCACAGGCUGCCAGAAAACGAGAGAAGGCCACGAAAAGAAAAAACGGAGAUGUGAUUGGUUCCUCUAUUGAUAAAAAGAAAAGAGUUAGUGAUGAUUUCAGUAUGAACAAUAAUCAAAUGGGCCUUGGAGUUAGUGCUGGAUUUUCCAUAAUACCACCACUCGGGCACGGGCCAAUUUAUGCAAGUAGAUUCAGAAAACUCAACAGUACCAGGGAGCUAACUCAGAGUGAAUUGCGCAGCAUAUUGAUACAUAAGGCUAGGAAAGAAAUUGUUACCAAAAUAAGUGAGUGGAAGUCUGCUAGUAUUACUGGCACUUCUGUUCAAAUAACUGAGAAAACUACUGAGAAAUCAUCUUAUGACAAGAAGAAUAGGCACGAGAACGGGGUGGUAAAUGGUGCCGAAUCUAGUAAGACAGCAAAGGAGGAGGUCUUAGAUCGACUCUCAAUCCCGGUUCCUGAUCCAGAUUUCUAUGAUUUUGACAAGGAAAGGACUGAAAAGGCCUUUGGAGAGAAUCAGGUGUGGGCUGCAUAUGACAAUGAUGAUGGAAUGCCUCGAUUCUAUGCUAUGGUCCAUAGUGUAAUCUCCCGUGAUCCAUUCAUGGUACGGAUCAGUUGGCUUAAUUCAAAAACAAAUACAGAACUUAGUCCUUUAAAUUGGGUUGGGUCUGGUUUCUCAAAAACUUGUGGAGAUUUUCGAGUUGGACGGCAUGAGACAUAUGAUGGUGGUCUGAAUUGCUUUUCACAUAAAGUUAGGUGGACGAAAGGUACACGUGGAGCUAUUUGUAUCUUUCCAAGGAAGGGGGAUGUGUGGGCACUGUAUAGAAAUUGGUCUCCAGAUUGGGAUGAACUCACUGAUGAUGAUGUGAUACACAAGUAUGACAUGGUAGAAGUGUUAGAAGAUUAUGAUGAGGAGAUAGGCGUUGUAGUCAUACCGUUAGUCAAAGUUGCUGGUUUCAAGGCCGUGUUUCAUCAUCAUUUGGACUCAAAACAAGUGAGAAGGAUCCCUAAAGAGGAGAUCUUUCGGUUUUCUUAUCAGCUUCCUUCUCACUUGCUUUCGGGUCAAGAAGCUCCUAAUGCUCCUACGGGUUGUCGGGAGCUUGACCCGGCUGCCCUUCCACCUGAAUUUCUUCAGUUGAUAGCUGACGUAGAGGAUGUAGAUACUGUGGAAAAUCCUCAGGUGACCAAGGUUUCGGUUGGUAAGGUGUAACGAUUUUCCCCCCUUUUCUAUCAUUUUACGGUGUUUGGUUUGGGAAGAAAUGAAAAGUAAUUUUCCAUAACUCCCUCAAAGGUGGAAAAACAUUUUCCAUACUUUUCCAUCUUUCCUCCUUACCAUCUACCUUCUUCCUAUCAAUCUUCACCCCGUUUUCCUUUUUCUAUUACUUUUCUUGUAAGGAACCAAACAAAAGAAAACUAGUUUGGAAUUGUGUUUCUCCUUGAAAAAAGUUUUCCAUGGAAAAAUCAUUUUUCAUUGAAAACGUUUUACGUCAAACCAAACGGGGCCUAACACAGUGAAAGUUGUAGAUGUUGAUGGCAUGCAUAAUACUGCAGAAACUAAGGAUCAUAUUCCCAGCAGUACAAAAACACCAUAGAAAGUCGACAUUGUAGAAGAAACAAAGUAAACUCGAUCAGCUGAGACAUGACAGUGAAGAAUGAAGACUCGAGAUAAUUCAAUUUCUUGAUUUGUCUGCAUGGAAAGUGAACUGCAUUUGAUCUCUUCCCAGAAAAUUUGUUCAGAAUUGAUUUAUAGUUCUACUUAUCUUGCUGAGUUCUUGGCACCAUGCAGAAGAUUGCAGUCUUGUACUUUCAGCAAGUGAGAUUGAAGAACUGCUUCUGUCAAAGUAUGUUCAGUUGUUCACAGGUUUCUGACAUAACUUGGCAAUAACCGAGUUUGGGGCUCCGUGUAAAACACCAUAAGGCCUGUAUAUAUACGAGUCACCCCCAAUUAGCAGGUAGCUGAUGUUCUCGUUACAAUUUUACAGUAAAACUGUUGUAAAGUAGGAUUUUUUAUUCAUAAACAUCAGUUGUGUUCUUGGUUUUAUAAUGAAGUGGAUUUCAAUUUUUCAAA